AUGGAUAGAAAGUCUGCUAGAAUAAAAGCAGAGUUACAAAGAUAUGGUUGGAGAGUUUCGAAGAAUUUUAAAUAUAGGAAGGGAAGACCCAUAAAAGUCUAUGACAAAUUGUCUGGUCUUCGCUACGAAAUGGAUUUGGAAACAGCACGUGCCAAUUAUCCAAACAGACUAGAGAGGUUAGAAGAAGAACGUCUUAUGGACAUGCCUUUCGAUGUUAGUGAACCUCAAGUUGAAGGACACGACGGCUUUGCCAGAUUCUACUGGAAACAUGACGAACAAUUGCAUCCUUUGAGAAGGAAAAAAGGAAAAGGUGAAGACGCACAUGCUCCCAUGGAAAGAACAAGAUAUGCAUAUGAAAAGUAUCGUGAAGUUAGAAGUCAAAUUACAUCUGGUCGAACCUUUACAGUAAACUUUGACGAAGGAAAGAACAAAGAAGGCUUCAUGGGAGUACUUGCUGCAAUUCAAGACGGAAAUAAGAAAGGACACAAUCUCAGAUUGACCAUAACAGAUUUGGAUGGUCACAUUUACUAUGCACAUGGCAAUGAACAAACAGCCGCAAAACUUCUUGACGCUUUCAAGACUACAAAGAGAGAACAAAUGGUUGACUCCGACUCAGACAUUUUGAAUGCAAUUGAAGGAAUUGCAAGUGUCAAGUUCGAAUGGUACCAACCUAACCCUCAAGCAGUCAGACAACAUGCUGGAUACUUCCCCUUCAUAAAUAAGUCUGACAUUGACUUGACAAGGUAUGGAAUUUACAAUUCAAUUGAAACAAUUGUCAAUGAACCUUGCAUUCUUACAUGUCUCAGGAACUCUGGUCUUGUUACAGAUGAGAAGAUGAAGUAUCUUGAGUCAU